AUGCAGUCAACGGAAGAGGAGCUCAAACGAGCACUCGAAUCACUCUCGCAACUAUCAGAUCUCAAGCAGCCACUCUCCGAUGAAUCCACUCUCACCACCACAGAAGCGACAUCGUCCGCUCUCCAACUGCUAUCCGCCUCGACACCGCUGUUUUCCAAACUCAAACGGGUCAAUAGACAGAUCUACAACGAUCUCUCCACGCAAAAGGCACUCGUAGCAGACGAACGAGCCAAAGUCGACACAGCGCGGCUGGCACUGCAGAAUCUCAAGUACGAAGAAAGCAUGCUCGAGCUCGAGGUCAAGGUGUGUCAAGAGUUCCAAUCCAUCUUUCAGGAUAUCGAGCUGCAGGAUCUGCAAGAGUUUCAUCAGCUCCAUGCCAGCCGAGAUGGAGGGGAAGAGAUGGACACGGAUGCAUCACCACCAGGAGAGAAAGAAGAGGAGGACUUGGCGGACGAACACAAGCUCAUGCUCGCGAGAUUGCGUUUCGAGUUGAAGGAAAGAGAAAGGUUGGAGGCGGAAAAGCAGAGGUUGCAACAGGACAAGACGCAGGUGGCCAAGGAGAAUAGGGAGAAGAAGGUGAAUUUGGAACAGAUCGAGAAGGAUCUCAAGGAUCUAUUGACCGCUGCGGAGGCGAUCAAGGCCAAGUUUGAGAGCUUUUAG